AUGAGGCUUCUCACAGGGCUCGCCAUUGCGGCCCUCAGCGGCCUUUCCGUGGCAGCAUCCCAAGAGCCAGCUGAGGUCUACAUCCUGACAGCCGACAGAGAUAGCUUCGCUCAGACAUCACCACCGCAAAUACCGCGCCAGGUGGCUCGCGACAUCCUCUUUCAGCGACUCCGCAGCGAAUCCUCCUAUAGUGACCUCCCGGAUUCGACCGACGAAGAGACGUCUCUAUCACAUAUCCUCAAAUAUGGAAGCAGCCCGGCGCCGUUGUUUGAGGAACAGCGACCUCCGAGGUCUCAGCUUGUCGUAAUCUUAGAGGGCAUCACAUCAGAGAAUGCCAAGUCAUUGCGCCAACAAGUGUCAGACAGCAACUUCAAGCAGACAUUCACUAUUUCCGAUCCCCCAUCGGCCAGCGCAAACCGUCAGCUCGUCGAUGUUGAGUUCAAGGCUGCUGGCAUCGCCAUGCCAUGCGAGCCGUCAUUCGCCAUUAACCCUUUCGACAUGACUUGCUGGACCACGAGGUCGCUCGUCGUCAAAUAUGACGCAUUGAAAGACUCAAGAUACUUCUCCUCCUUCGUCGAGAUGAUUCCAGAACUAGUGAAAACUGUGGAGCGAGGCUACCUAGAAGCCACCCUGGUCCUGAUGCCUGAGAGCAGCCGCAACUCGAAGCUAUCGUACUGGACCUCGACCCCCCCGAGCCAACUCCAGCGCCGACAGUCUGGCGAAUCUGUUCUUACCGAAGGCGAUGUGGCAAAGCCGAAGACACAGGCGUCCAAAGCGGCAGGGAACGACAACGGUGCGUUCGCUUGGGCUACCGCCGACCCGAAGACCAUUCCCGCAUGCUUCCAGUCGUUCAACUCGUGCGCCACCGCAACAGGCAACUGCUCUGGCCACGGCGAGUGCACUGACAAGUAUGCGAUUCCCGGCCAGCCCACCGGUGCAGACGACGCCGUAUGCUUCCGUUGCGAAUGCAAGUCUACAUACAAAUACCCCGAGAAGGGCGAGAACAGCCCUCACGUCCACUGGGGCGGCAAUAUUUGCCAGAAGGUUGAUGUCAGCUCGCCAUUCUGGCUCAUUGCCGGCUUGACGAUUGUCCUGGUCGGAAUUGUCAGCUUCUGUAUCGGACUGCUGUUCAGCGUGGGUGAGGAGAAGCUGCCGGGUGUCAUCGGAGCUGGUGUUUCAAGAUCUAAAUAG